AUGGCGCCAGGCGCCUUCCUUAUGUCUGUGAUCAUCAUAGUCGGGAACGCCACGACGCUAGUUGCUAUCAGAAGGAUCCCAGCGCUGCAGACCAAGUCCAACGCCUUCGUGGCCUCCCUGGCCGGGGCGGAUCUGAUGGUGGGCCUCGUCCUCAUCCCGUACGGCCUGUGGAACGUCCCGAACAUUAGGGACCGGCUCAAUCACAUCAUGUAUUUUUGUAUUUUGAUGACGUCAGCCGGCUCCUCCGCCGUUGUGAUCAGCAUCCUGAGUCUACUGCUGGUUGCCCUCGAUAGACUGGUGUUCAUCAGCCGACCUUUCUUCUACCAACGUGUAGUGACCAACAGGGUCAUCGCAGCCGGGGUCGCCUUGCCCUGGACUCUUGGUCUGACGUUUGGUAACAGCCAGUGGUUGAUCUACGCGCCCCGCACCCACCCGCCGCAGUGUGUGGCCACUAAGGUCCUCCCCACGUACUACUACAAGUACCUGGCCAGCCUGCUCUACUUCCUGCCUUGUCUUGCCGUCUUCUGCAUCUACGUGCGCAUCGCUGUCAUCGCCAGGACCCAGCGUCUCGCCAUCCUCAAGCUGACCGUUGUCCGCGCCUUGGGCAGCCCGGCCCGUGCUGGGGGCCAGAAGCUUAGCGACAAGAGCUGGAGGUCGGUCAAGAUGAUGAUGACCGUGUUCGGCAUCUUCUCCAGUUGCUGGACGCCCCGCUUCCUGCUGUACGCGCUGUCGGACGAGACGUUUGACGAGCGGGUGCCGGAGCUCGCGUACAACCUGUGCAUGAUGCUCGGUCUGCUCAACUCGGGCGUCAACUUCCUCGUCUACCCCGCCCACAACAGGGAGUUCCGGCGUGGCUUCAGACACUUAUUGGGUUGCAAGCGUUCUUCUGUUGGCCCAGACAUCAAGUCUGUACACUAG